AUGUCUACCCUCACUGCGAGACGCGCCUCGGUAGAUACUACCAAUCGUCCUGAUGAGUGGAUGAUUGAACAGGGUAUGGCAGGUCACAAGCUGCCUAUCCUUGAUCAGAGCGGAAAGGGAACAGUGCAUAUAUACCCCGCGGGGCCCACAAAGAUUGUUCAAGAUCAAGCGGCGAUUCGGUCGGUCGGUGAUCGUGCAAAGCUGUUUGCUCGAGAGCGAAAAGGUUGGAAAGGCUAUGUCGAAUGGGAAAAUUACCCCGAGAAAAAGAAAAAGGCACACAAGAUCCUCACUUCUCAGAGCUUCCCGGAAUGUCCCGACUAUCAGUUUGGUCCAAUUCCAGGAACCAACCCUGUGUUGACAGGCGAUGACUUCAAAGCGUGGCACGCAGCCAUAGGUGGCGAGCUGGCCGAUGCAGCGGACGACUCGUGGAGGAUAGUUUUGGAGGAAAAACACCCAGAUAUGCUUCACCUUCUCCAGUUCCCAUAUAACGGCGAGCCUCCUAAGCGACUCGUUACCUCAAAGGCAAUCACACCAAACCCACUCCAUUUCGUGCGGAACCACGGCGGGAUUCCCAUCAUCGACAAGGAUAACUGGGAUUUAUCCCUCGAUGGACUGGUGAAAACCCCGAAGAAAUACAACCUGGAUGAUAUCAUGGAUGAAAGCCGAUUCCCUCGGAUGGAAAGAACUGUGACGAUCCAGUGCUCUGGUACCCGUCGCAUUGAACAAAUUAGUCUGUACGGCGGACAGGGUGACGAGGUCCCACAGGCGCCUUGGGCAGAAGGUGCCAUCAGUACAGCUCGCUAUGUGGGUAUCAGUCUGAAGAAGUUGAUCAAAGACUGUGGAGGUCUGAUCGAACCGGCUAAGCACCUUGAGCUCUACGGCGCAGAGACAUAUGUCAAGGACUUGGAGGUCGGCAACUAUGUUGUCAGCGUUCCGUGGUCCAAGGUGAAAGCCAACGAGGUAAUCCUAGCCUGGGAAAUGAACGGCGAGCCACUACCCAAGAUCCACGGAUACCCUCUACGGGUCGUCGUGUUAGGGUAUAUUGGUGCGCGAAGUGUCAAGUGGCUGUACCGCAUCAAGGCAAUCGAAAAUCCUUCCAUGGCCCCGGUGCAGAGCAAGGAGUAUCUAUAUUUUAACCAGCAAAUUGGAAAGUACAACCUCCGUCCAACGGACGGUAUCCAGAUUCAGGAAAUGCCUGUCAGCUCAGCCAUCAUGUCACCCUGGACCAAGCAAGCCGUUAUCCACAACGGCUCAAUCAAAUGCCAAGGAUGGGCUUACUCCGGCGGAGGUCGCUGGCCAGAACGCGUCGAAUUAUCAGCGGAUGGUGGAUUCUCGUGGUAUGCAGUGCCGGAAGAGAAUCUGUCCAAAAAGGGUCAGUGGGUGUGGCGAACAUGGGAGAUUGAUCUACCAUGCGAUGUGGAAGGAUGGAUCGAGAUAGUCUGCCGCUGCUGGGAUAACUCACUCAACACUCAACCUCUCAAUAUCCGCGCGGCCUGGAACUGGGGUCUACAUGUGACAUCUUCGGCGCAUCGCAUCAAGGUCUACAGCAUCAACAAAAGCCACGAACUAACGAGAAAGCGUAUCGAGAAGUUUGAGAAGAUGGGCAUUCCUCUUGGCCCUGUUACACGCUAUGACGCAGUUUCAAGCCAGACUGACGAGGAGUACGCUCAGUAUUGGAAGACGCACGAUCCUCGCGAUGUGGAUGAGUGA